GUGUGUGUGUGUGUGUGUGAUCUCAGUUCUGUGUCUCCGUCCUGGGUGAGCUCUAAUAAUAGAGGAGGCCGCCUGCUCCUUUAAGAGCCUACUUGUUGCAUAGGCUACUCUACAAAAUAUAUUGUAACAAAAUGGUUAUCAAAGUAUUUCUCGCCUCUUCAUCGGGAUCCACUGCGAUCAAGAAGAAGCAGCAAGAUGUGGUUGGCUUCCUGGAGGCUCUUAAAGUAGACUACACUCAGCUGGACAUUGCCUGCAACGAGGAGAACCGCAUGUGGAUGAGGCAGAAUGUCCCUGAGGAGAAGAAGCCUGCCAACGGGAUCCCCUUGCCCCCUCAGAUUUUCAAUGAAAAUGGCUACUGUGGGGACUAUGAAACAUUCUUCGAUGCAAAGGAGGACAACAUGGUGUAUGCCUUCCUGGGGCUGCCCCCUCCUCCUGGGUCAAAGGAAGCAGAACAGGCUGACGAGGAGCAUGUUCUGGAGAACGGGACUCAUGCUGAGGAAACUAAUGCAGAAGAGAACCCUGAUGACUCAAUAGAGGUUCCAGUGGAUGAGCGUAAUGGGGAUGCACACGGAGAUGAGGAGCAGGCAGCUGAUGAGGAGGAGGAAGGUGAGGGUGGUGAGGAGGAGGAGGAGGAGGUAGCAGAAGGAGAGACUGCAAAUGAUGAAGCCACGGAAGGAGAAACAGCAGGAGACGAGGCCCCCGCAGAGGAGGACCAGGCAGUGGAAGAAACAGACGAGGUCACAGAAGACACACAGGCCCAGGCAGAGGAGGAAGAAGAACAGGAGGAAGAGGAUUUGCAGUCAGAGGAGGAAGAAGAGCUACGACAGCUUGAGGAAGAAGAAGAGGCUGAAGUACAAGAGGAGGAAGAGACUGAGUAGUUAAAGCCAGCUGACGUCAAGGAUGUUGACCUACUACUAUCAAGCCUGAAGGAGCUUUCUGUUAACGUCUCUCACUGACCCGUUGACGCUUGACCCCUUCCACCCCUCCCCAAGGCUACACUGGACCCCACUGGAAACGCGCCAUCCAAACUGAAAAGUCCGAAACCCACAUUUGCCCCCACCCUUUUCCCUUUUGACUGCAAUGUUGACUUAAUUUUUAUAUACUGUACUGUAAUGAAAAUGUG